AUCAUCAUCAAUUGAGUUCGAUACUGGUGACAGUUGGUGUUUAACGUUCGAUGCAAAAUGUUCACGAAAAUUCGUUCGGGUAGCAAACGCCUUCAUUUUUGGCUUUCGGCCAAAGGCUCUGAAGUUAACAAGCUUUUGUGGAUUAAUGGUUCCUUUGGGGAUUGUCUGUAUCUACUGGAUGUAUUCUUACUAAUUUCAGGGACAGAAAUACAAAGCGAAAAGACAGCCAAAUGGACAAACGGACGCAAGGUUCGCAUAUUUGCCAACUCUCUGUUUGUCUUCCAAAUUGUAGUGACUAUCCUUCAAAUGGUUCAUGCGCGUGAUAAUAAUAAUAAUAAUUGCCAAUGCGGUUUUGCUGUUGAUCCCAAGCGCGGCCACGAAACAAGCACUCGCUUUGCCACCACCUCUGUCAAAUUACGGAAAGCAUGUAUCGUGUAUUGUCUACCUCUUCUCCACGCAGCUUCUGUUCUUAGGAACCGUUCCCAAGUUUCUCAGCAAUAUGGCCUGCAUCGGAAUGCUUAUCAUGGGAAUGCGUUUCAAACUUAAGAUCCUAGCUCACCGCUACUUUCGAAUGCUUAACCAACCGGUCGUAAGUUCAGAAAAGCACUUUGCACGAAUGGAACGAGAUGUGAAGGAAGUCCUGAAUUAUCAGACGGAAUAUCGGAAGCACUUUGAAACUCUUAAAAUGUUAGUGGAGAAAGCCUUCUUCAUAGCCCAUUUUUAUGCUUUAUACAGCCUUGGAACAUGCUUUUACCUAUCCCAUAAGACGGGAUUCAAUGUUUUAUCACUCACGUUGAUAUCACUAUCGGUAGCCUACAUACUGAAAUAUUAUUUGUGGUGUCAUUUGGUUGAAUCACUUCAAGAUGUCGCAAACUCAAUCGGAGAUCUCAUUUACGAGCACUGCGUGCAAAUGCCUUACAGCCGGAAACAUCAUACACAGUAUAUGGGAAUGAAAACCUCUUUAAUCAUAAUAUGGAUGAACACAAAGAACGGAUAUGCAAUAAGCUGCAUGGGGAUGAUCGACAUUUCGACGAAAACGUUUGUCAGCUUCCUCAAUGCGGUCUACUCGGUCAUGAUGUUUUUGAUCAACGUGGUCUAAGUUGUCUGGUUUGUAUUCUUACAAUGGAUAAAAGAUUUUGGAACUGAAAAUAGUGUCAUCGUAAACCGUUUGAAGCACGAUGUUGACAUUAUAAUUGGGUGUCAUUUUAAAAUAUUAUGAAAGAAUAUUUCUUCUGCGUUUCAUUACUUUGAUGAAACAUAUAUGCUAUCUCCA